AUGUCAAUAUUGCUGCUGAUCGGCCUGGCGGUGGCCAACAAGACGAUGGACACCCGGGAGGGCGAAGACGUGACGCUCAAGUGUCGCUUCAACGAGCACUACUCGGACAAGGAGUACUCGUACUACUGGGCCCAGCAGUCACCGAACAAGUACGACAACGUCGCCAUCAAGGGCGAUACCUUCAACCCGAACUACAAAAUCGACUACCGACCGAACCAGGGAAUCUACGAUCUGCAGAUCUUCAACGUGUCGUACGCUCGGGACAACGGGCGGUUCGAGUGUCGCAUCAAGCAGAUCGGCAGCGAUAGUGCGAUCUACGAGGACUAUUACAACCUGACCGUGCUGACACCGCCCCAGCCGCCGCUCAUCUUCCCCGGCAGCGAGACGACGGCCACGGAGGACAAGAAGCAGGAGUUGACCUGCAGCAGUGUCGGUGGCUCACCGGAUCCAACCGUUUCGUGGUACCGAGAAGGCAGCACGACGCCCCUGGCGGCCAAUCUGAUCUACGGCGGGUCGCGCGACAUGCAGACGACCAGCACGCUCACCCUGAUCCCACGGCGCGAGGAUGACGGGGCGAAGUUUACGUGCGUCGUGUGGAACCGGGCCCUACCGGAAGGGCAGCGACUGGAGACGGUUACGACACUGUCGGUGAACUACUACCCCCGGGUGGAGAUUGGACCAGAGAACCCGCUGAGCGUGGAGCGCGACCAGACGGCCAAGCUGGAGUGCAACAUCGACGCCAAACCGAAACCGGAAACGGUCAAGUGGACGCGCAAUGGGCGCUUCAUCUCGUCGCACCCGACCCACACCAUCCACCGGGUGUCGCUGCAGGACGCGGGCCGCUAUACCUGCUCGGCCGACAACGGGCUGGGCAAGGUGGGCGAACAGGAAAUCACACUCAACGUCCUGUACCCGCCGAUCGUGCAGAUCGAAACGAAGGCGAAGACGGCCGAGGAGAAGGAAACGGUACACAUCAAGUGCAACGUGACGUCCAACCCGCCGCCGGUAACGAUCGAGUGGCUGAAGGAGGGCGACAUCGACUUCCGGCGCAGCGGAGACACGCUGGUUUUGCGCGAUGUCCGGGCGGAGGAUGCGGGCACGUACGUGUGCCGGGGCAUUAACAUGAUGAAACCGUUCGGAGGGAAGACACUGGAGCGCGAAGGAAACGCCUCCGUUGCGCUACUGGUCCGUCACCGGCCGGGCAAAGCCGUCAUUACGCCAGAGAAACCGGUCGUCCACGUGGGCAACAGUGUGAGCUUGAUGUGCAAGGCGGAUCCACCGGGCUACCCGGACCCCCAGUACCGCUGGUAUCGGGACGUCGGUGGUGAGAUUUCGACCACGGUAAUUGCGCAGGGCGCCCAGUAUCUGAUCCCGAAGGCGGGCCUGUCCAGCGAGGGCAAGUACCACUGUCACGCCAGCAACGAGCUCGGCAACGGUGGGAUGGCAAGCGCGACGCUGGAGAUCCACCAGCCUCCGCAGUUCCUGGCCAAGCUGCAGUCGAACAUGAUCAAGCGGGCCGGCGAGGUGGAGUUUUUCGUGACGUGCAGUGCGAAGGGCAAACCGGAACCGUCCGUCACGUGGCUGAAGGAUGACGUGGAGCUGACGCCCGAGCUCCAUCGCUACGAGGUGAAGACCAACGUGGACCGGGGUCCGAACGGGAUGGUGACGGUGCAGAGUAUGCUCAAGUUCGCGGGCAAAGCGCGCCCUAACGGGAACGACCUGAUUUCGACCGAUCGUGGCCAGUACACGUGCCUGUACGAGAACGAGGUGAACCGAGCGAACUCGACGAUGCAGCUGAAGAUCGAGCACGAACCGAUCGUGCUGCACCAGUACAACAAGGUGGCGAACGACAUCAAGGAGACGGCGGAGGUCCUGUGCAAGGUGCAGUCGUACCCGAAGCCGGAGUUUAUGUGGCAGUUCGGCACGAGUCUGCUGAGCGCGGGCAGUAACGGCGCCGGGGGCCACUACGAGAUCGUUACCACCGCGGACGGGAACGACGUGUACACGAGCGUGCUGAAGAUUGGCAACGUGCGCCACCAGGACUACGGCGAGUAUCACUGCCGCGUGUCGAACCCGCUGAACAACAUCCAGGUACCGAUCCGGUUGCAACCGAAGGGCCCACCGGAGAAACCGACCAAGCUGAAGGCGAUCGAACUCGGGCCGAACUACGUCGUCCUGUCGUGGAAUCCCGGCUUCGACGGAGGGCUCGCGAACACCAAGUACUUUGUGUCGUACCGCAAGAUUGUGAUCCCGAAUGAGAGCCUCAUGACGGAGGAGUGUGCGGCCGUGGCGGCCAGUGGGGCCGAGUGGAUGGAGUUUGACUGCCAGCGGGAGGUACCGUGUACGAUCAGCCCGCUCGAUCACCACCAGAGCUACGUGUUCAAGGUGAAGGCACUCAACACGAAGGGCGUCUCGGAGCACUCGAACGAGGUGACGGCCACGACGAAGGUGGAGAAGGUACCGAUCCCGCUGAAUGCCGCGUUCGAUCCGGAGACGAAGGUGCUCGCUCUGAACGUGGCACCGACCUGUCUGUCGAUGGUGGCAAUCGUGGAGUCGGUCCUGUACGGAGACACACCGAUGGCGGCCUGGCAUAUUAUCGAGAAGAUUGACCUGCAGGUGAACGGCCACGAGCCGACGUACCGCGAAACGGAGAUCAAACACUUUGUGGCCAACCGGCGCAACAAUGGCCGCUCGUUGGGCGGUAACACUCUUGACGACAUCCCGCUGCCCAUCGAAGACGAGCUGAACCCGCGCGUGCGGGUGAAGCUGUGCCUGAAGAUCAAUCACGAGUACUGUGGGGACUACCUCGAGGCAGAUAUUGGACCAUCGCUCAUUCAGGAAGCAUCGUUCGUGGAGCUGCCAACACUUAUCGCCAUCGUCGUGUCGUCGAUUGUGGCCGCCCUGUGUGCGGUGCUGCUGGUGAUGUUCUGUCGUUGCAAACGCCGCAACCAGCUGAAGGAAUCGGCGGCCAAAUCGAAGGAGUACGAUAUCGACUCGAUUCACCCGUCGAUUGUGGCGCAACAAAACCAGGCACCGCCACCCUACUACUCGGCCAGCAGUCUCGAGAACAAGGCACUGGAACACUCGAUGGACCUGGCGAUGGACCCGAAUACGGCCCUGUACGCGAGCCAGCAGACGUACGGCUACCAUCAGCAGAACGCCAUGAUUCCGCAAGUGCCCCAGAAUGAUUGGUCCAACAUGGGCUACGUAGAGAACUCGUACUCGAACUCGAACAACGGUGGUAGCGUAAACUCGCAGGACUCAAUCUGGCAGCUGAAGAUGUCGGCCGCUGCUUCGAACUCGGCCAAUCUGAUUCCGCAGCACAACUACAUGGAGCAACAGAUGCAGCCCAACUACGGCUACGAUCCGAUGACCCACGGUGGCUACGGCGCGGUCGAUGAUUAUGCCCCGUACCCGCACCUGAUGCCGACGGCCGGAAGCAGCAGUCAGCACGGUGGCGACGACUAUCACCACAACAUGCGAAACAGCCAGAACCCGUCCCGCCAGGACUACUGCAGCGAUCCGUACGCAUCCGUCCACAAGCCGAAGAAGCGGCUGGACCAGCACAUGGACUUUGUUGCCGAAUCACCGUACCACGAUGUGAGCGGACUUCCGGAUCCGUACAUGGAGCAGGAGGAGGCCAAGUCACCCGUCCAGAAUCAACAUCUGUCGAUGAGCUACGAUGACGCGCUGGCCAUGGAGAGUGGCUACUCCACACCGAACUCACGCAACCGUCGCGUCAUCCACGAGAUCGUGGUGUAGGAAGCGCACGGAAGCGACAGCAAACCGCAAACGGACAAAACAAACGAGCAACGGCAACAGAAAUCACUCAACGGGAAAAGCGACGCAACAGAACCAUAAAAAGCGGCAAGAAGCCGGGACACCAUGAAUGAAAGCCAUCAAUCGAGCAACACGAAACAGAACGCGCAAAACAACGAACCAUCAACCGCUGCACCACAAUCGAAGCAUGCUUUGCUUCGAAUUAUUCGUUUAAAAUUGCCACCGCCGCCCGGGUGUCGGGCAGAGAGCGAGAGGAGCUUGGAAGUGGAUUAUGGUUGAUCUCAAAACCUAACUCCUUGCAACAGAUGGCGGACACAGGUAGGUUUGCACGAUGCAGCGGCUGGAAUCUGUGAUUGUAUAUAUAGCGUUUAUCAUAAUGACCAUGGCGGGAGCGCAGCUGAGAACAAUUUUUAAAGCACGCAUAUUCUGGAUCGCGAAGAAUUUGAUUCCUUCGGAGAGUGCUCAAAAAACAAACAACCCGCGAAAGCAUCGAAAUCGUCCAAUUUGAGUUUAGUUUAGUGAGUAUCGAGUAAGACGCAAAUAGCAGUAAGUGGGCUGGCCAUUGGUCGCUACAUUGGACGGCUGCGGUGUGGUGCGUGAAACGAGGACGAGCGCACGAAACGAGGAUCAAGAACCGAACGUGCCAUUAGCUUACAGUAGGGACUCCUGCCAAUAGUUCUUUUUCCGUGUUCGAUUCGUUUGCGCGCGAAACUCGUAUCCCGUUAGAUGAUACUGUCGAAAAGAGAGAGAUAGAGAGGCACAAUGCCUCUGUUUCUGAGCGAAGUUUAGAAUUAGAGACCAUUCUGUCCCCACGCACAAUUGCUCUUAAGUUAGUGGAGCACGGAAGGCGUCCGAAUGAUUCAAUUAUUUCUGCACCACGUUGCUUGGUGUACGUCCCGGCAGUGCCAUUGUUUCGCUUCGUGCCAAGUCUUCCCCCGGGGAACAAGCUGCUGCUCAGGAAGCGAAUGCGGGCAAAACACUCCCUCCGCUUCGAACGGCGUGCAUGGAAAGGGUCUACGAAUUUUAUAAGAGCCUUUAAAGUGGAAGCGAUUCGUUCAUGUCGCGUGUCUUUAGCUGCUUGGUUCCAUUUCGAUUCCGAGGUCGGCACCGAUCGACAGUUUCGUGUAUGAAGUAGCCUUUCUUUCAAUCGGGUCCCGAUUGCAAGUGUUCAGCCCUCGAAGCACUGCGUUUGAGGAUAUUAAGGACGGUAGGAGUAAUGGUAAUUUUAUCGAUAAGUAUGUAUAAUUCUCCGCGUUGUACAUAAGCGUAAGACGAUUGUUACGGAAAAAAACUACAAAGAAUACAAAAAAUGGCUCUGUUCGAAAAGGUUGAGUGGAAUCGUAGGAUAAGAACUAUAGGUAGGAUACAAUUAGCGAUAAGGCCACAACAGAUCAUUUCGAUUAAACCUGGAUGCUCGUUCAAUCUUCUCGCGAAUUACAUCUACGGAAGGGAAACAAAACCUAGCCUCCGUCCGGAAUUCAAUAUCCUUCCCGGAAAGCUCAAGCAGGGAGCGAAGAUUGUGCAGCAAACAUUCUCAAGAAUGGAUUAGGAUUCUUAGUUUAAGCUAGUUUUCAACUGCAAAUUAAUUACUCUCCCUUGUGAAGCCAUUGGCUUUCGCUCCUGGGCUAGGCACACGUACCACCAGCUGCCGCGUAAGCGCUUGAAAGCGGGUGCCAUUUGCGAGACUGAACCUGCCCUCCGGCUGAAAAACGCAAAAAGUGGAGAAUUCAGCUUCACACAGAGCGCGCGUUGACGUUGGUCAACAUUGUGCGAACAUUGUAGGACCGGGAUUGAGUAGAAAGAGAGAGAGAAAAAAACUACGAAAGACACAACACAAUUGCGCAAAAGUGUGAUUGAGCAUAAAUAUGGUGCUCAGCUUUCGUCUUUUCUCAAUGCCAACAAUUUUCGCACUGCAACAGUUUGACGAUUACACAAGUUUGACUGCUACCGUCACCGGCCACCGUGCCAGCGAGGACGACGCCAGUGUUAAGAGCGAAAUUUGUUUCCAAGUUGAGCGAAAAAAACCCCUUCAUCGUGUCGGUAAAGGACAGGAACGGAAGUGUUCAGGACAAACCAGUCGUGAGGCGAAGCGCAAAAAGCGGACACGUGGGGGGAGACACUAGGGGAGAGCGCUCCAACCACCCCGAAACGCAACCCGGAUUCAGAACGGACACCGGGAUCCGCGGUCCAGUUUCUAGUGACAAUGACACGACGACGAACGGGGAGAGUAUUUUGCAUACUUUUUUCUUCCGUCCAGCGAGAAAUGAAAUAGUUGUAAAUAUUGACUGAGCAAAGUUAUUAGAGUGUACACGAUUAAGGGAGGGAACUUUUCUAUUUUAAUUUAACUACUAUUGCCGGCGAAGCAAUAAGCUAAAAGUAGUUUUGUUAAUGGUUAGUUAGUUGUAGCAUUACUUUA